AUGAUCCCACAACUACGGGAUAUUCUAUCUCAUACACAAGAGUUAAAUUUUGAACAACAACAAAGAUCUUCUUCGAAUAUUGGUAUAAUCGAUGAUAUUUAUGAUGGAGAGAAAUAUCAAGAUAUAAUUAAAAAAGAAAAAGGAAAAGAAUUUUUAACUCUCAUAAUGAACGUUGAUGGUAUUGAAGUGUCAAAAAGUUCAAGUUCAUCUCUAUGGAUUUUUACAUUCGUUAUCAAUGAAAUUAAAAGAAGUGAACGUUUUAAACUAAAAAACGUUAUUAUAGGUGGUAUAGUAUCAACAACAUUCAAACCUAAUCGUGAUCAAAUGCAAAAACUGCUUUCACCAAUUGUUAAUGAACUUCUUAUAUUAGAAAAAGGUGAAACUUUUGAAGUACAAGGUUUAAGUACAAGCUCCAAUAUGCACCUGAAGACUUUUUUAAUUGGAUCGUGUUGCGAUAAGCCAGCGCAAAGUCUAGUUCAAGGUAUUAGUGAACCAAUAGGUGCUUUCGGCUGCGGGCGGUGUGAGCUGCAGGGAGUGACAGUACCCAUCAAACCUAAUUCACAAAAGAAAAUUCGUGUUUUUCCACUUGAUCCUGAAGAUCAACAGCAACCUCGUUUACGUACAAAUGAAACUUAUGAUUUAUCUAUGAAAAUUUUUUACAAAAAACAUCAUCUAUGGAAUAUUACUCAACUUCGUGAUCGAUUAGCAGGUCAAAUAAGUCCAUGUGUGCUUCGUGAUCUUACCUACUUUGAUGUUGGUACUAGUUUUUUAUCAGAUUCAUUGCAUAAUGUAUAUCAUGGUGUAAUGAAACGUCUACUUCGUCUUUGGUUCGAUAAAAAGUAUCGAAAACAACCAUGGAAUAUUUGUGAUAAGCUGAAAGUAGUUGAUCGUUAUCUUUCGUCAAUUAAGUAUUCAUCAACAACUCUUCGUAUACCACGUUCACUUUCAAAAUAUCGUCGGUACAAAGCUAAUGAAACUCGAAAUAUUCUAUUAUUUGGCUUUUCUGCUUUUGGUGCUGCCUUACCACUUAAAUAUGCAAGACAUUUUUUUCUGCUUGUUGUGGCAAUGCAUAUUGCUGAAUCUCGUCAUAUUCAACGUACUCAAGUAGAAGAUAUUCGUCUGUUACUCAAUCGAUUUUUACAAUUAUUUCCGACUCUCUAUACACCACGACAUAAUUCUCAAUCUGUUCACAGUUUGUAUCAUGUGGCUGCUAGUGUUAAUUAUUAUGGCUCCUUAAGUAACUACUCAACUUUCAAUUUCGAAAGUAUUCUAGGUAUUACUGAGCAUUAUGUAAUUCUAUAUUUUCAAAUGUUCAUUGAAGAAAAAUAA